GUGAGGUGACCUGUUCGAGCGACAGUGAGCUCUGCCUCCCAUCGACCAUCUACGCGCCGCUGCCGCCUCCGCCGCCCCCGAAGCUCACCGUACAGUGGGUGCCGACGAUGAUGCCAGCGGUUCAGCUGCAAGCACCUGCAAUGUACUCAACUAGCACGAGCACUACGACAACAACGACCACGACUACGAAUAACGCAGGAGCGCAGCAACAGAACACGACUGCAACAACGACAGCAACGACGAAGCAGGAUUACGGUACCAUGAC